UUACUCUCUUGUAUAUAACCCUCUAAACUAGGGCCUUUCUCAAUAUCCACACUUGUUUUACAUGGCUCCACUUCUGAGACCAAUCUUUCUUGCUCUUGCAUGUCUUCUGAUCACCUGCUCUUCCAUCCGAGCUGCCACUGCUCAAGCUCACAGCAAUGAAGGGUAUUUUAGUAAUCGAAAAUUACUCGAAAUUCGACAAGACGAAGAUGGUGCAGGCAGGGCAAUUGGCGAAGCUAUGAGUGAUCAUGACUUGCCAAUCAAUAAGAAGAAGAUAGCAAACAAUAAUGUCUCGUCGAAAAACCAGACCAAAAUCAUCAAAGAGGGUUCAUUAGCCAAAAACAAAACCAAACUCAUCAAACCAACCACAACUUCAGCCUUAACAAUCAAAACCCAAGUCAAGAAGCUCAAUUCCACCUCAAAACCAUCAAAUUCGACCAAAAUUUCCUCCCUCCAGUCCAAACCCAGUGACACGCACAAACAACCAUUACAACAUUCCGCGUCUGUUGAUAUUCAAAAUCCGAUACAAUCCAUUUGGGCCGACGUGGAAAUAAGCGACGAUGAUUUGAUAUCCGAAUUCACCGAUCUCACCACAAGAUUUCAAGAGAAUUUAAUGCCCGAUAUCCAAAAAAUCUCAUCGACUUCGCAGGUUUAUAUCAAAAAAGCCAAUAAGCAGAUCACAAAAAACGUUACACCCCUAGUAGGUAAAAAAUACGCGCCGGCCAUUGCGUCAGUAGUUUCUUGUGCAUUCAUUCUCAUCCCUCUCAUUCUCGUGUCCUUCAUUUUCAACCGUAUCAAAGCUUAUUUUUCGCUCCAGAAAAUAUUAAUUUUCGUCCAUAUUUAUUUAUACAUAUAUUUUUUUAUACUCUCUCUUUCGGCCUUGUUGACCGGUCUUGAGCCACUAAAGUGUUUCUACAUGACUUGGCCAACCAUGUACAUUUUUAUUCAAGUGGUGCAGACACUUGCUUACAUGUUGUACCUUCUGCUCUUGGUAAUGUACAUGAUUUUGGUGUUUUCGAUGAAUACUGGGCUGGGCUCGAAGGUGUUGAGUUUGGGCCAGGCCUUUGUGGGCUUUGCUGUUGGGUUACAUUAUUAUAUGACUGUGUUGCAUAUGGCAUUGUUACAUCAAGCGCCCAAGAGUAGCUGGAAGGUUCAGGCGGUUUAUGCCACGUGUUUCUUUGUGAUUUGUCUGUUGGAUAGGGUGGAGAGGAGGAAGAAAGCUUACCUAGAAGAGGAUGGUUCAGAGGGCAAAAAAUGCUAGAUUUAAAUUAUACUAUUCUCGAGUUGUUCAAAUUGUAUAUUAACCUGUGUCACUUUUCAUUACAAUAUUAUUGUAAUUUUCUUCCAAGUUUCAUGGCCAUGGAGUCUUACACUUGAGAGUUACAUACUUAAAGAAACAAUAAAAGAAUUACAGUUCAGAAUUA